AUGGCGUCCGUCUCGCCACCCAAGCCGUGGGAGAGGGCUGCCGCUGGGGCAACCACCGCCUCACCUAUCGCCCCAGCUCCUACCGCUUCGUCGAUGCCGGCCGCUGCUGCGACGGCCACCACCACUGCCACUUCGCCCGCAGCGUCAACGUCAAUAUCAUCGGAAGCCCCCGACUUACCGUCUCGCCCAAACAGUCUCAAUACGGUCGCUAAUCGGACGGCUUCAACGUACUCUCCGUAUGGCGCCAAUAGACUCGGUGCAAAUCCCUACGGCACCUACGGUGGAUACGGAGCCUACUCGUCACCGUACUCUCGCUUCGGUUCGAUGUACGGUGGCUAUGGAGGAGGCUACGGCGGGAUGUAUGGCGGCAUGGGCGGCAUGUAUCCAGGGAUGCCAGGCGACCCGAACGAUCCCAAUAGUUUGACGAACUCCUUCAGCCAGAGUACUGCCGCUACCUUUCAAAUGAUUGAGAGCAUUGUAGGCGCGUUUGGGGGAUUUGCGCAAAUGCUGGAAAGCACAUAUAUGGCUACUCAUAGUUCUUUUUUUGCUAUGGUGUCUGUGGCUGAACAAUUUGGCAACCUGCGUACCACAUUGGGCUCAGUUUUGGGGAUAUAUACGUUAAUACGAUGGUUUAAGACGUUAAUUGCUAAGAUAACUGGACGUCCACCCCCCGCUGAUGCGAUGGCCCUUACUCCAUCCGCCUUUUCGGCCUUUUUAAGCGGCCGAUCAGCACCACCUACUCUACCAGAUGGCAGCCCUGCGCCCCCACGGCCAUCGCGGAAACCCUUCUUUAUGUUUAUCAUCGCUGUAUUUGGCUUGCCAUAUCUAAUGGGCAAACUCAUUCGCUCUUUAGCUCGAUCGCAAGAGGAAGAAGCUCGUCGACAACAACUAGCGAUAGGGCCUACCCCGGAGACACAGAACGCUCCUCUUGAUCCAUCCAAGCUGGACUUCUGCCGUGUGCUUUACGAUUAUACCCCCGAUGCGCAGAGCACUGCUGGAAUUGAUCUCGCCGUGAAGAAAGGUGAUAUUGUAGCCGUUCUUAGCAAGUCAGACCCGAUGGGCAACCCAUCUGAAUGGUGGCGAUGCCGCGCUCGAGAUGGUGGCGUUGGCUACCUUCCCAGCCCAUACCUCGAAAACAUCCAACGACGACCAGCACCUGCCGCCAUAACUGCUACAGGUAGCAGUAGCACACCUGGCAGUCGUACAAGUACGAUGACCAAAGGUGACAAAAAUACCACUUCUCAGCGAUCGCAAAGCAUGUCCUCAUUGCCUCAAGACAGUUCUGAGAAACCGGCCAUCUCCGGAAAGAUGGGAGAUAUUACCCCGCAGAGCUUCCAGAAAAGUGCUUUCAAUGGCUCAUAA